UGAAUUGGUAGAGGUUAUGAUCAUUUGCAACUGCACCAUUUGUCGUACUACCUGGGAAGAAACAAGUCGCUUAAAUUUUAUCCGAACCGGCAUAUAGCUUCUUGAAACUUUAUACGCGUAACUAUCGUAUUGGAGAAAAUACGCCUCGAAUUUUAACAAUUUAUUUCUAAAUUUACUAUCAAUCACCAUGGAAGUCUCUGAAGAAAAUCUACAGACGCUUAACGAAUACUUGCAACGGACUUUAAGUCCCGACGUAAAUGUGCGCCGCCCCGCUGAAAAGUUUCUUGAAAAGGUUGAAGUGAAUCAAAACUAUUCACUGCUGUUACUACAUCUCUUGCACAAGCCAGAGAUAGACAUGACUAUUAGGGUGGCUGGUGCAGUUGCAUUCAAAAACUACAUAAAACGUAAUUGGUUUGUUGAUGAAAAUGAGGAAGACAGAAUUCAUGAGACUGACAGGACAGCCAUCAAGGGACUUAUUGUUACAUUAAUGUUGUCUUCACCAGAAGCAAUUCAGAAACAGCUUAGUGCUGCCAUUGGUAUCAUUGGUAAAACAGAUUUUCCAAUGAAAUGGCCUGAGUUGAUUGUGCAGAUGGUUGACAAGUUUGCAACUGGAGACUUCCAUGUUAUAAAUGGUGUACUGAGAACAGCUCACUCACUGUUUAAAAAGUAUAGGUAUGAAUUCAAAUCGAAUGAAUUAUGGGCUGAAAUUAAGUUUGUGCUUGAAAAACUGGCACAACCACUAAUGGAUUUACUCACGGCGACAAUGGGCUUAACACAAACGCACGCAAACGAUGCAAACGCGUUGAAAAUCAUCUACAAUUCACUCACCCUAGUAUGCAAAGUUUUCUACUCACUGAAUUUUCAAGAUUUGCCGGAGUUUUUCGAAGAUAACAUGGCUACAUGGAUGACUAAUUUUCAUCAACUAUUGAUGGUGGAAGUUAAGGUCUUGGAAACUGGCGAUGAUGAAGAAGCAGGCGUUAUCGAACAACUCAAAUCUCAAGUAUGCGACAAUGUCGCCCUAUACGCCCAGAAAUACGACGAAGAAUUUCAACCUUACCUGCCAGAAUUCGUCACAGCAAUUUGGUCACUUUUAGUGUCCACUGGUUUACAACCAAAAUAUGAUCUCCUGGUGUCAAACGCAUUGCAAUUUUUAGCGUCGGUCGCCGACCGAUCGCAUUAUCGCAACCUGUUCGAAGACAAUAAUGUAUUGAACAGCAUUUGCGAGAAAGUAAUCAUCCCUAAUAUGGAGUUCCGGGUCUCUGAUCAAGAGCUCUUCGAAGAUAAUCCUGAAGAAUACACACGGCGCGAUAUUGAAGGUAGUGAUAUAGAUACCAGGCGGCGGGCUGCCUGCGAUCUGGUCAACACCCUGAGUCAGAACUUCGAGGAGCGCAUCAUGCAGAUUUUCGGGCAGUACUUACAAGUGAUGAUGCAGAAGUACGCGGAGAAUCCACAAAUGAACUGGCGUAGUAAAGACGCCGCGCUUUAUUUGGUCACUUCUUUGGUGAGCAGAGGCGCGACACAGCGGCACGGUGUGACGAAGAGCAGUCAACUAGUAUCGUUACCGCAGUUUUGUCAGGAACAUAUUCUGCCUGAACUUGAACGACCCGAUGUGAAUGAUCUACCAGUGCUGAAGGCGGACGCCAUUAAAUAUGUGAUGACUUUCCGUACGUUAUUACCCAAAGAGAUGGUGGUCAGCACGCUACCGCAAUUAAUACGACAUAUUACAUCUGAAAGUGCUGUGAUUCACACGUACGCUGCUUGUGCAAUCGAGAAAAUUCUAAUAAUGCGGGACACGGGCUCCAACGCACUCAUUGUAACCAGUAAUGAUCUUGCACCUGUUGCCAAUGAUCUACUGAACAACCUACUCGUGACCCUAGAGAAGCCCGUCUCCGAAGAAAAUGAGUACGUGAUGAAAGCUUUGAUGCGCACCUUUUCUACACUGCAAGAUAAAGUGGUGCCGUAUUUGGGUGUCAUCUUGCCCAAACUCACAACAAAACUUGAAGCGGUCUGCAAGAACCCAUCCAAACCGCAUUUCAACCACUAUCUCUUUGAGACAUUCUCUCUGGCGAUCAGAAUCGUAUGCAUUAAUAACAGCCAGGCAGUCGCGUCAUUUGAAGGAGUGCUAUUUCCAAUUUUCCAAGGCAUUCUUCAGCAGGAUAUUCAAGAAUUUAUUCCUUACGUGUUUCAAUUGCUCUCGAUGCUGAUGGAAAUGACACCGACUGGCGCGAUUCCGGAUCCAUAUAUGCAGUUGUUGCCAUGUUUGCUAGCUCCAGUGUUGUGGGAACGCCCGGCCAACAUUAGUCCUCUGGUGCGCUUGUUGUGUGCAUUCGCAACGCAGGCAGCACCGCAGAUUAUUGCAAAUGAUAAAUUGGGAGGUUUUCUAGGCGUGUUUCAGAAACUAAUCGCAUCGAAGAGCAACGAUCAUGAAGGAUUUCAUUUGAUGCAGAGUAUGAUUCAACAUAUGCCUACGGAAGCUUUGACACCGUAUCACAAACAGAUAUUCUUCUUGUUAUUCCAACGUUUGUCGUCCAGCAAAACUACGAAGUAUGUUAUCAGCCUGAUUGUUUUCUUUUCAUUGUACGCUGUGAAAUACUCGGCUGUGCAGUUAAUUGCUACCAUUGAUGAUAUCCAAGCCUACAUGUUUGGAAUGGUGCUCGAGAAACUCUUCAUUUCCGAACUGCAAAAAAUAUCUGGGAUCGUCGAGCGUAAAAUCGUUGCCUGUGGAGUCACGAAACUCUUAUGCGAAUGCCCUGAGAUGUAUACAGGUCAGUACCAGAAACACUGGUCGCAAUUGUUGCAGGCAUUACUUUGUUUCUUUGAAAUGCCACGGGAUGAAAGCACUUUUCCCGAUGAUCAUUUCAUUGAAGUGGAUGACGCGCCAACGUUCCAAAGCGCUAAUGCCAAGUUGAACUUUGCAAAUAACGCUAAAUCUGAUCCUUUACAAGGUAUUACGGAACCGCGUCAAUUUUUAGCCCAAAGUUUGGGUACAUUGGGUGCGUCUCAACCAGGUGUCCUACCAACGUUUGUGAACGCUUGUAGUCAGGAUGCAGUUACUAUUUUACAGAGAUAUCUCUCGAAGUUUGGUGUUCAGCUUGUGUAACACAAUAAUACUAAUAUCCGUUUAUGUUUGUUGAACAUUUGAAAUCAUGUAAAAACAUUUCGUCAUUAUAUUUUUGUGAAUGAA